CUUCCUUCCCUUUUCUGUUGUUUGUUUCUUUUUACUUCGUCCUUCUCUGUCUAUAUCUUUUCUCUCUUCUUCACUCUUAUUCUCACUCCCACUCUCACACACUCUUUUUUUUUUUUUUAUUUUUUUUUAUUAUUUUUAUUUUUUUAUUUUUUUAUUUUUUUAUAAAUAUAUAUAUAAAUAUACAUAUUUCUUUUUUUUGUAUGUGUGUGUAAGGUUGACUUUGCUCCCAUUGCAAUUACUCCAUCUCUCUUUCAUUGCGAUCCCAACAGAAAUAUGACACAACAACAAUGUACAAACACGCCAACGGAGUAGGAGUGGAGCCUUCUCCUCCUCUUUUUCUGAUAAUAACAGGGAUUCUACCCGCUAUGGGUCAACAAGUCCACACCCCCCUCUUCCUCCACCUUCACUCCACACCAGUAUGUCUACCACAACAUCCAAUCCCUUCUCUCAUGCACAUUCAAGCACAAAACAAACACCAGUACAUUGUCAGAUAUCCCAAAUGCCAGGUCCAGUACCAGUACCAAUACCAGUACCAGUAUCACCACCGCAUCUUACUCUCUACUUCACAAACGCAACAGUCACGACCGUCACUCGCUUUUCUCCGACCUGGCAACGGGAUCGGUGGCAAUCGAGUUGCCACCAGAAUGCGCUCAGGUUCCAAUCCACAUCCACCGCUUUAUCGAGAUCAAUCUCCCUCUCUCGCUCUCUCAGAAACACUCUACUCUCAACGACGUGCUCAUCGAGAAAGUAGUGACAGUAGCAUCAGUAGUAGCACAACUGGAAACGACUCCACUCAUAUCAAUGAUUCAUUUUCCCGAUCUUAUUUGACUGAGGCAGGAGAUAAUAGUAAUAAGCAUCGAGCAGUCCAGGUCCUAGCACAACAGGAGAACCCUGGAAUGGAAACGGCAAUUACUGAGGGGUUUUCAAAGACAAGAGCCAGAGCCUCCACCAGUUCUGGUUACAACGCACGAGAUCAAGGACCAUCUGGAGUAGCACUCAGUUUUUUGGCCAAUUCAGCCUUGUCUGAACGGUUGAAUACAACCACAAAAGCACCCUCACCAGUACCAUCACACCAUCGCUAUCGCCACGGACGCAGACGCAGAUGCAAUCACACUCGAUCUCAGUGCCGUCAGCGUCUUCUCCCUCUAGUCGGAUUUCUUCACCAAGUCCAAAGCCAAACAUGACGUCGUCUAUUUCCAUACCCAAUGUACCAAUGCCUCCAGCUCCGCGUUAUUCCACAAAAACCUAUUCUAGUCCCUACAACUUCAACCUCAACCUCACAAACGUCCCCCGCUAAUGCUACUAAUCUUUUUACUGCCACCACUGCUCCAGCUACAACUACUUCUAUUACUACUACUGCGGCUAAUGAUAGUUGUAUCACGGGACUAGCGCAACAGCCACAUUGCCUUCAACCAACUCAACUGGUCCAACAACGAGUGCGCAAAGCAAUGGUACUUCUGCUGUUCCACAA